AUGGGACAAUCCUUAAAAAAACUUUCUAAAAAUGGCGCACCUAAAAUAGAAGUAAAAAAUGAAGUAAAUGAAAAAGACCUUAAACAUAAUAAAGAAAUAUGUUUAAAACCUCUUUCAGCACUUGAGGCCUAUCGAUUUAUUCAAGGUCGAAAAUUUCGUUUAGCCCCAAAUGUCGCACUAACCCUUCCAAGCGACAAUGAAGAAGCUUUAAGAUUUAAUGAUUCUAUUAAACUUUUAAAAAAUAUAUUUGAUUCUGAUUAUUCGGCUCCUGUUACAAAAUUAUUAACUUGUGGAGGUGCAAGAGUACUUGAAAUUGGAACGGCUGGUGGUUCUUGGCUAAACGAAAUAUCAAUAAAAUUCCCAAUGUCAAUAUUUUUGGGCAUGGAUGUUUCUACCAUUUUUAAUCUGGACUGCCUACCGGAAAAUUGUGCGUUUCUUGAACACAACUAUCAUGAUGGAAUUCCAUUCCCUGAUGACCGCUUGAAUAUUAAAAAUAUUCAAGUGGUCGAAAGGCCACUUUCGCUUUCGCGUCGUAACGCAAUGACAGGUGAUCAGAUGAUAGGUGAACAGAAUCUUCUGCUUAAAACUGUUGAAGCCUACAGAGUAAUAAUGAAGGUAGCAAUAGGGUGUACUGAUGAGGAAUAUGAUAAAUUAAAAAGAGAUAUUGCCAUGGAGGUGGAGAAUAUACAUAUGUAUAUAAAGUGUAUAAAAACUUUUGGCCAAAAAUAA